ACCUAAAAAUAUUAACACUAUUGACGACUACUCAAUACAGACCAUUUUACCACUGAUACUUUCGUCGCGAAACCACCACUUCGGCCACUUCUGCCGCCAUUGCACAUUCCGAUAUAAUCCACCGUCGCCGAAACUCUUGAAGCUCCGGCGACUCCGAUGAAUCUUCUGUUGUGAACGCCAAAUCACUCCAUCGAACAAGAAAUGGAAUCUAGCUCCGGCAGCAAUCACCGCGAUUUGGCUGAGGAAAGCGAGAGAAGCAUGGCCGCGGUUCAUGAUCAACCAGAGCCCUGCACCACCGGCGGCGGUGACGACGACGAUCCACUCGAGAGAAGCUCCGAGGUUUUGGCGAAGGGAUUGUCAUCGAUGCUCUCGUCCGUCAUCAAGGACUUCGAUUUCAGAGCACGAGAAACUCUUGGCAGCCAGGACCAGCUCUCCUCCGCCAUCGAUCGUCUCACUCGAGAACUUGAUCAAUUACUUGAAGAUGCACCUUUACCGUUCAUAAUGCAACAUGCUGCUAAGAUUUCUAGUAUUAGGAAGAGAGUUUCAUCACUGAAUUUACUUCUAAAAUCCAUACAAGGGCGGAUUGAUAACAUAGACCGCAUAAUGUCAAUUGGCACCACUCAUGAGAAGACAACCCCUGAAGGUUCUGAGUGAAACGUCAACAUCUGGAUCAACUUCAAUUGUCUCCAAUCUCCAUACGUGUACUUUUGUAAUGCACCCUUAACCCCUUGAGUUGUAUUAUUCUUAGGCAUGUAUUUGCAUGGGUGUCAGUUAAAGAUUCCUAAUUGGCAUUCAUUACAAGUGUGUAUUCAGGUUGCUUUUGAUCAUCAGUGUUAUUGCUUAAUUUCCAGUACGAUCAAGGAGUUACUUUUGAUUUUCAUAUUU